CGUGAUCCGCGACGCGCACAAUCCCCGGUAAUACUAUAAUUUCGUCAUGAGGCUAUCGUUUCCAUCGGCAAAUCUGAUCGUUGCUCUCGCGCUGCCGCUGCUGCUGAUAGUGCUAUCGGUGGCGAACAUGGCCGGUGCCGCGAGCAUAUUCGAUCGGGACGCGCCGGAGUGCAAAAUCUUAUCGGAUAAAUCGCCGGAACUGAGACUUAAACUGAGCCUGUUCUGCAAAUACGACAAAUCCGUGCGACCGGUAAUCAGCAAAUCCACACCCAUCAAUGUCACCGUUGGCCUGUCGCCCAAAUUUAUGGAAUUCGACAGCGAUAAAAAUCAAUUCAUCCUUCACUCUUGGAUGCUCAUCAGUUGGAAGGACGAGCACCUCGGCUGGGAUCCCGACGAUUACGACGGAGUCGAUUCGUUGCGAAUCGAGAGCGACGACCUCUGGCUGCCCGACAUAUCCGUCUUCAACUCAGGUGACUUGAGCGUGUCCCAGAGCACCUUGUUGCGAGCCAUGUGCAAGCUCUCCUACACGGGCCUCGUGGUCUGCGUGCCGGCCUUGAAGUUCGUCGCUCUGUGCAGCACCGACUACGCCAACUGGCCCUACGACUUGCAGAACUGCUUCAUCUUCAUGGGCUCGUGGACGCAGACCGGCGCCGAGGUGAACUUCAAUUUCCGCCGAAAAUCGAUCAACAUGAGUAGUUUCCAAGAGAGCAAACUGUGGCUGGUGACUAACUACACGUCGAGAAAAGUAACUCCGAAACUCAAAAACGACAGUUUCCCCUUUCUAUCCUUUCAGUUCGAGAUCCAGAGGCACUCGGGAAUUAUUCAGGCGGUCUACAUAUCACCGCUCAUUGUUUUGGCGAUAUUGACCUUGACGCUGCUUUGGCUGGACUCCCGAUCGACCGAACGACUCAUCCUGGCGGCCGUCAUUUUCAUUUGCCACCUGCUGUGCCUUUACAACCUCCAUUGGUUGAUACCCUCCAAUGGGCUGACCCCACCUCACGUGCUGCUGUUCUAUCGAGACUCGAUGAUAAUCACGACCUUCGCGAUUGUCCUCACGACUCUGCUGCGGAAACUGCAAUCGACCCGGGGAAUCCCCGCGCCGAUCUGGAUCGAGUCGAGCGUCAGUUUCGUGGCCAACAAUCCGGCCGGUCGCUGGCUGCUGCUCGAGGACUGGCCACCCGGAAAUUCGAAGGUCAUCGGCAGCGAAGAUGACCGCGAGCCGAUCGAGGCAAUGCCCAUGAAAACCGACAACUGGAGACGAUUGGCCCUCAUCAUCGAUUGGCUGGCCCUUUUUGCCGUGAUAUUCACCUAUCUGUUGCUGUUUCUCAGCCGGAUACCUAGAGUCGAGUACAAGAAAUCCAUCCUCUAG